GCGGCGGUGCCGGCGGCGGCAGUGGCGGGAGGGACGCGGCGGCGCCGCCGCAGCGAGCGCCAUGCCCGGUAGCCGGCGCAGGGGGCUCUGCCUCAGGCCCGCCGCCGCCCUGAGGAGGCGCAGCGGCGGCGGCGAGGAGCAGCUCAGCCGGCGGCGGGCGGAGGAGGAGGAGGAAGAGGCGGCGGAGGGCGGCGCGGGCCGAGGCCUGCCCGCGGCGGAGGCGGCGUGCGCGCCCCGCGCUGCAGAGUCAUGUUUACAUAAAACUCCAAAGAGGUCCUUGAGUAGGAAAUCCCGAAUACCUACUUUCAGCUCUCCUGUUAAUGACACUGAUACACAGCAAGAAAUCUUUUGGGAUUCUCAUUCACCAAUUGCACACAGACUAGGCAGUGGAAAAACCAAACAGUCCACCAGUGGGUGCGCAGUAGAAAUUUCGGAAAUUGUUAAUCGUAUUGCUCCUCAGGAUGAAAAAUCAGCCUGUAGUGAAGGCUCCAUUUUAGGAACAUGGAUUGGUGAGGAUGCUAUUCCCUAUACACCUGGAGUAGUAAAAGUGCGAUCUAGGACAAAGUUAAGUUGUACAAGGGAUCUUAAGAUAACAAUUCCCGAAGAGGAACUCAUGAAAUUGGCUAAGGAAUUUGAUAGAAACCUAGUAGAGCUAGAUGCUGUUCAGGAACAGGAGAAACUUGGUCAUAACUUCAUCCAGAGCACCUCAGAGCCUUUGAAUAAUUCUAAAGAUGAAGUAAACAUGAAGAACGAGAUACCACUCCUUGGUGAAGGUUCUGAAACAGAUACUGCUCUGUCCCUGAAACCAGCUGGACAGAGCACUGGCAUUCCUGCUGCAGGGCCCUGUCGGUCCAGCAGUCAAAAGUCUGUAGACCUUGAGUCUGAAAUAGCCCUUCAGGCUCUUUUUGACUGUUCUACCCAGAAGUGUAGUGGGCAGCUGAGCCAAGGACUGUCAGAUAUUUCUUUAAAUAACAGUUUUCAUAAAAAUAAAAGUACCUUGGAGGAGGAGCAGCUUCCUGAGGAAACUGAAGAUAUGCAAUGUGGUAAUUCAGAGGCACAAGAAAAAGGUGCAGUGGGGAGCGUGAACCAGACGGUACCAAAACCUGAUAUGACAAAAAAAAAUCCUCCUUCUUUGAAGACACAACUGGUGGCCUCCACUAAGCUGGCUGGAGUAGUUAAUGAUGACUUUGAUGACUGGGAUACAGAUUUUUUGGCAGAUGACUCUUUUAUGAUGCAAAUAACCCAAAAUCCUGAAUUGAUAAGUACUGAAGAACCACCACCAAUUCCUGCAGAUCCACCUGGCUAUGGUUUCAGUGAUGCUAGCAGAACAAAGCAGAGAAGUAGUGGCAAUUUGGUAACUUGUUUGGGGAGUGUAAACAAAUCUAACAGUUUGCAGUAUUCACCUUUGAAACAUUCUAGUAAAAACAUACAAAAUGUUGUAAAAUCUCUGUCUUUACAAAAGCCAUGUAAGACAGAAAACUCAGAGACCACAGCCUUGCAUGGCAAAUGUGAUGUUAAGCCAGAUAAAAUAAAUUCCAUUUGGAAAAGUGCUCGAAACAGUGAUCUGAACUGUAUUUCUGUUCCAGUGCAAUCUGAAGUGAAGAAUGGAAAUGAAACUACUCAGCCUAAAAGUGACCCUCUUUUUCCUUCAAGAUCUAAUCCUCACAGACAACGGACAGAAAAACCUGGAAAUACCACCCAUGCUAUUUCCUGUCAAUCAUCCAGUGUUUCUACCAAUAUGAAACCUAAUGAUCUAACUAAAGUGUUUGAAGCACCAAAGAAAUGUCCUGUGCCAUUUCAUGAAUGGAAUGAACCAAAAUUCUCUGAUGAGGUGUUAGAUAUGUUUUGUGGAUCCGAUAGUCUUUGGGAUGCUAACUUUGAGGAUGAUGAAUUGUUGUAUCAGGUGUGUGAUGAUAUAGAAAAGCAGACUCAGAGCCAAGAUGUUAAACAAGGAAAUGAAAGAACUAAAACUAUACAAGGAGCAAGUAGUAAUUCCAGAUCAAAUGCUGAUAAGAGCUUCCUAGCCUCUAAACAAGGACAUUGCCUCUUGGCACAAAAAAAUGCAAAACAGGAGGCUCUCUCUCUGAAUGAUUCCUGUAGGAAUUCAUCAAAGGUUAUACAUGGCCUGGCCACAACAGGUCAUGCAGUGAACUGUAAGAGCAUCUCAAGUCCUCGAACUGUGAUCUCAGAUCUUUCUACAGAGGGCAAAUACACACUGACAAAAAACUGUCAUCGGGAUGCUUCUGAAGAUACUAGAAAGACUGUUUUGGGGAAAUGGUACAGGUCAAAUUCUGUGCCAGCAGGAGACUCUGCUUCUGAAGUAAGUCCUGUUGAUGCAGUAAACAUUUUUAGCAACAAAACAUUAGACAGCCCAGAUCUCUUGUAUAAUACAGGAAAGAUACCAAGUAGCACUUCUAGUAACAAAACAUCACUCGUACCUUCAAAGUUUAAGUUCCGAAAGAUUAACAAUUCUAAGGGUGGUCUUCAUGUAGGGUGUGAAAAUUCAGGGAAUCAUUCUGGCAUUGGAAUUACUCUGCAGGGUUUGGAAGGAACCAAGAAUCAGGUGAACAUGACUUUGCACAGCAAGCUUGACAAUAAGAAAUCACCUUUCAAGAGGCACUUUUCAGAGUCUUUUGCACAGCCUUCAUCAGGUAUUUGUCUUUAUUGUAUCACUCUCACUGUUACUGUUUGUUUCCUUACUGUAGUCAGAAUGUCAGAGAGAUUUGUACUUUAUUGCAACUUACAACAGGCUUCAAUAUUCGUCCAUUCUUGUAGGUGUUAGCAAAUGUUCUAGUGAGAAUUUGGAGGUUAUUUUCUCCAAAAUAAAAUUGUCCUGACCCAUAUCUUGAAUCCCUGCCCAUUUUCAUUCCACUUCCCUAAGUACUUCAGACCCUCUCUCCACAGACAGUCAGAAUCACUAGGCUCAAGUGCAGCCUGAUGCAGUACUAAGCCUACUGUGUUCUUAAAUUGUUAUUUAAAAAUACUGUUAUUUUGAUACAUAGUAAAACCCCAGUUCAUGGUGGGGCAGGGAGAGAAGGCACCAGGUGAUAUGAAAUGCCAGUUUUUUUAUAUUAUUGUACGCCUGAAAUUUGGAACCUCAAAUCACUUGGCGCUUUUCGAACCUCAGCCUGUGUCGUUGUUUGCUCUCUGGCUGAAAUUGCCCGUGAAAUAUUCUUGUCUUAUCAGUCUAAACACUAACAUUUCCUUUUCAUCCAGAGGGGAGAUCAGGCACUUCUUCAUCAUUAAGUGACAGUCAGGAAUAUUCCAUGAACUGGGCUUACUUGCUAGGGAAAUGUAGAACUGAUCAAGUUCCGGUCAGUCUUGUUUUCACUUGCUCUCACAACUUGGCAAAGUUUUAAUCAGUAUUAAUUUUGAUAAAACACACCUUUUAGAGUGUCCUAUAUCAACCUCCAUUUUCAGGAAACACUUUUACAAAAACAACAAAAUAAUUCUUGUAAACUAUCAGCCAGUUUUAUCAAAGAAUCAGUAUUUUAUUUGUGUUUUUUUCCCCAGCAAAGAAGCAGAUAAAUGGAAAGUAGCAAUUUUGGAUGUUAAUGGGAAGGGGAGGAGGGAGAUAACUAGUUAUUCUGUGGAGUGUUCUAGAGAAUAAAGGAAUAAAAAUAAUAGCAUAGAUUUUCUUUACAGAUAAACAACAACUGUCCUCAUCUUGAAUUUUGAGUGAGUUUUUUGUAACAAAAAGAUGGCGUGAUCCUUUCAAAAACUGAUGUUUAAUUUUUCGCAGACACCUUUUUUGUGAGAAACAAAGAGACCCUUUGUUUUAUUUAUAUGGUUUGAACACUUAUUAAAAAUACAUUAAUUGGAAAUUGGUGAAUAAAAAUGGUAAAAUUAUUGAUAUAUGCAGGGAGGGUUCCUGUUGGUUCCAGCGAGGUCAGGAUUUUAUAGCAUGGGAAUUUAUAGUUCUGUAACACAACAUAUAGAAUGCUAUGCUCAGCUAUCAUGUUCUUGUCUCUUUUGCCAAUUUUUAUUGCUACUUUUGACCUUUUUUCAACCUUCCUUGUUUUAUUUGUGUGACACCUGUACUGUAUCUGACCCCUGUGUCUCUACCAUCUCCAUGCCCAUAUCUCUGCCUAACUCACUAAAUUGUAGAGCCCUUUUCACUCUGAUAGCCUUAAUUUUCUUAACCCAUCACCAUCUCCUAUGUUGACUCCUGAUGUCAUAAGGUUCACUUGAAGGGCAGCCAAGUAAAAUUUCCUUGAAGCAAAUGUCUGCAUCCCAGUGUUUUCAUUGGGAGGUAGUAAUCAGUAGCAGUACAAAGGUCAUGCAUUUUAUCCCCCUUCCUGCCUGGGGGACAGGAUAGAUGAGCCAUUUUUAACGUGGGUGCCCAGAAUGUCAGAAUAGUGUGCUCCUGCCAUAGAUCUUCAAACACUGAAAAUAGAUAAGUUAAAAUACAUAUUGAACAAACCUGAAGGCUC